UUCCUCUCCCCGCCCCUCCAGGAUGGCAGUGCGGAAGCGGAAGAGGCUGCAGGACCGCGGAGCCUGUUUUUAAGCCGACCGGGUCCUGGGGUCCGGGCCGCCAGCCGCAAUGCCGAGCCCCCGGAGGAACGUCGAGGGACGCCCCCUGGGAACCUCCGCUUCAAGCAGCAGCAGCAGCCCCGGUAGCCCGGCCCAUGGCGGCGGCGGCGGCAGCAGGUUUGAGUUCCAGUCCCUGCUCAGCAGCCGCGCGCCGGUCGCGGAUCCCACCUGCGCCCGGCUGCGCGCGUCUGAGAGCCCCGUGCACCGCCGCGGCUCCUUCCCCCUGACGGGAGCGGGCCCCUCGCAGGCGCCACCGCCCCCGCUGCCCGAGGAGGACCGCAUGGACCUGAACCCGUCCUUCUUGGGCAUCGCCCUGCGCUCCCUGCUGGCCAUUGACCUGUGGCUGUCCAAGAAGCUGGGGGUGUGCGCGGGGGAGAGUUCGUCCUGGGGCAGCGUGCGGCCACUUAUGAAGCUGCUGGAGAUCUCAGGACACGGCAUCCCCUGGCUGCUGGGCACCCUCUACUGCCUGUCCAGGAGCGACAGCUGGGCCGGGCGCGAGGUGCUGAUGAACCUGCUUUUCGCCCUGCUGUUGGACGUGCUGCUGGUGGCCCUGCUCAAGGGGCUGGUCCGCAGGCGCCGCCCGGCACACAACCAGAUGGACAUGUUUGUCACCCUCUCGGUGGACAAGUACUCCUUCCCCUCAGGCCAUGCCACCAGGGCCGCCCUGGUGUCGCGGUUUAUCUUGAACCACCUGGUGCUGGCCAUUCCACUAAGGGUGCUGGUGGUCCUGUGGGCCUUCAUCUUGGGCCUCUCCAGGGUCAUGCUGGGGCGGCACAAUGUCACCGACGUGGCAUUUGGCUUUUUUCAGGGCUACAUGCAGUACAGCAUCGUGGACUAUUGCUGGCUUUCACCGCACAAUGCUCCAGUCCUCUUUGUACUGUGGAACCAACAAUAACACCAUCUCAUUCGUUAUGGCUCCAGGAGAUCUGAAGGUGUCCACGUGAGAUAAUGCCAACAAACCAGCAGCCAUCACGCUUGUCCCUCUUAGGACAUUUCAGGCUUCCUUUGGGAUUUCAGGGGUCCUGCCACCUUGAUGGGUUGCUAGGCUGGAGUACAUGCUGGCCAUUGCUGAUCACAGCCAUAUUACAGAAAGCAAAAAUCCCUCCAUUACAUAUUUACUCAACAACUGUUUAUAUCUCCAGGACAACUGCAAAGAAAUCAAGCUGGGGUGAUUAUAAUGUUGCUGUUUUUUUAAAAGUUGAAAUCAGUAAAUUUGUAUUUUGUAGUAAUCCUGUAAGUCAACAUAUCACUUGUAAAUUGAACUUUGAAAAAGAAGCAUAAUCUUCAUUCUGUAAAUAUACAUGCAGAAAAGCCACGUACUAAUCCUAGUUCUUUUCCUAAGGUAGACUUUAAACAGUUAUUUAAGAGUCUAAGACAUAGGUUUUUCUAAUUUACCCUGAUGAUCUGUUGCCACAGCUGGGGAAAUUUCCUCUUAUUCCUGAUUUUCUUGGUAAGCUUUUUUAGUUUAUUGUCUCUUCCAUCUUUGCAGACUGGGUAGUGAGAAGAGAGGUUGUAGUACAUGUCUCUCUCCUUUCCUACUACCUCCUCAGAAGAUCUUUAAAUUUACAUUUAUUUCCCACUACUCUCUAAUAUUGUCUUUUAGCAUUCAGAGAACAAGCCAAGAACUUAAAGAAGAAACAUUUAAAGAUAGACAUAUCUAUAAUCUGCAUAGAAAAGAUUGGAUUACAUGGCUUAAUUAUGUUGAGAACCAACAGCAUGGCAUGAGAGAAGGCAGAAAAGCUAAACUGCUGAGGAGGUCAGAGGAAGUGAGAGAUUGGGGGUAGGCCAACCACGUACUAUGUCAGUGGACCAGGGUAGCGAGAGAUAGGGCCCUGCUGCCCAUCAUUUCUACUGAAUAAAGAAAAACGUUCCUCUACUGAGGUAAUAAAAUGGGAAAAUAAUGCGUAAACUUUUUCAUAUGUACAAGGAUGACCUUGUAUAUUAGUUUUUCUUACGGAAUUCUGUUUCCCUGUUUACACUUUAUUUAGAUAACAGUAUUUAAUUUGAAAUUCAUCAGUGGAGUCUGCUGCUAUACCAGGCACAAGGUAUAAAUAACUCCUAAAUUUCCGUUUACAAUGACCUUUACAUUUAAAGCAUUUUAUCCACGGUGCCUCCCGUAAUCACUAGACCAAAGACCACCAAAUGUAGGAAAGUCUGAAAAGGUAUAUGCUUUAAAUGCUGCUCUACCUGAAAAUACGAACCUUUAAAUUACCUGUAGAAUUGGUGUCUUCAAAAAUCUUAAUGACCAAUUAUUUUGACAUUUAUAAAUAGAAAGGAUUAUGGCCUUUGAUCUGUCAUAUAGUGGUACACGUAGGAAUCUGGAGAAUGGCUAUGAAGAUUGGGUGGAAACAUGAACUCUGUGAGUGUGAGAGGCACAAUGAAAGAAGAAUAGCUACACUUCAAAAUAAAAUAAAAUCAUUUGCUUUCCCACAACAUCCUGAACACAGACUACCUCUCACUUGCUGAAUCAGAAACUGUGAAGCUGUAAGUGGUUUGCUUUAUUGUUUAAUCUUAGAAAGAUCCCUCAUUUUAACUGCAGUAAUAUUCAGGCCAGAUAUUUGGAAGCAUGAUAUUUCCUCUUGCAGUGUCCACAAGUCUGAAUACUAGCUCAAAAUUAGGCUUACCUUCUGGUUCCUGGUUAUACUUCUGGAAUUCCCUGUCUUAAUUGCUGGGGCCUGAGUUGGCUGGCUUUUAAAGCACAGAUCAAUUCACCCUGUUUUUGAAGCAUCCUAAGUACUGUAAAGUAGAAAACUGAUUUCACGUUAAUUGUAUACUGAGGAAUGCCUUUAGAAAUCAAAAUAAAAUUAACCAAUAAUGAAAGAAGUG